AUGACCAUAACUUUCUCGGAACUGAUGAGCCAGUAUAAUAGGUACCAAAAGACCAUCGUAAAGCCAUUGUUCGUCGUUCUCCUCGACACUGGAGAAGCCAUGAGUGAAUUUGUUAAAGCGACAAGGAAUAUAAAGCCUAUUUCUUUUCCCACCUGGUUCGUGAUGUUCCUUCAGCAUCCUGGGAAUCCGCUCGAGAAGUACUGCAAACAUCCCACGGAUAACGUGUUCAACGUGGAUUUCAGCACUCUCAUGCUGGUACAGUGCUACGAUCAUCCGAUCCUGGUCGAGUGGUACGCUAUUCGUGAUAAUCACACCAGAACGUUCGAACUAGCCACGUGGACCGCUGAUAAAGGUUUAAUUUUGAGGACGCAGAAAAGCCUCUACGCUAGACGGAACGAUAUGUUUGGUGACGUUAUGCGAGUGGCGUACGUGGGUGAGUCGCCAUUUUUCUUGAUAACAAACGGCACGACCGACGGAUUUCUCGGGCUGCUGAUGAAAGAACUCAGUAAAAUGAUGAAUUUCACAAUGAAGAUUCUGGAUCCGGUUGAAGCGUAUGGUAGCUGGAGCCAUACACAGAAUAUGUGGACCGGUGUGAUCGGUCAGCUGGUAUCCGAUGAGGCCGACAUUGGCGUCACUGAAUUCACCAUUACGUCUGACAGAUUAAAUGUCGUCGAUUUCACAUUGCCGUUGAUGCACUCGCGAAAUCGCAUCUAUUUCAAACAACCCAGCAGUUCUGACGUACAAUGGUCUGGAUACUUCAAGGCAUUUAGCCUUGAGAUUUGGAUAACGCUGGUAACCAUAAUAACAGCCGCUUCUAUUCUAUUAACUGUUAUAAAAGCAAAAGGAUUCUCGAUAAACGUAAUAUCAGAGAGUUAUAUUAAUGUUUGGGGCAUUUAUUGCCAGCAGGGUUUGUCAGAAUUUCCUAAUAAAUCGUCAAUGAGAUUAGCUUUUUUCUCUAUCUUCUUCUCAUCGUUGAUAAUUAUAUCCGCCUAUUCCGCCUCGUUGAUCAGCUUCCUGGCGUUCACUACGGCCAGCUUGCCUUUCUCCAAUCUGGAGGGCUACGUUAACGAUGGUUCUUAUAAAUUAAUCGUUGUGAAAAACAGUGCCGAGUAUGAUAUGCGUAAAAGUACUUAUAUCAAAGACCCUGUCUUUCGAAAAAUAUACGAAUUGAUGGAAAAUGAGGAGGAAUUGCCGUUAACAUUAUCCGAUGCAUUCAAACAACUAUGCGGACAGAAGAAAUAUGCGUAUUAUACAUCGGAAAUAUACAUAAACAGUAUGAGCAUUCAUCUGCCAUGUAAAUUCGUACAGAUAGAAAGCGGAAAUACUGAUAGUUUGGCAUUAGCUUUAACAAAGGGAAAUCCUUACAUCGGCUUAAUAAAUUAUUACCUGCGGCAAUUUCGGGACAACGGUGUCAUGAAAAAAUUGAAAAAUGGGUAUCUCUCAAAGAACAAUGCACCGAUGACUAACUACGACGCGGUCAAUUUAAAGGAUAUAACGCCGACUCUGACGUGAUAUUAUAAUGUCAGCAACAAUGAUACGGACGCAUUCUUAAUAACUGGUAACGCAUGCAUUUUUC